AUGUCGGCUAGUCGAAAGGGGCCUCCUUUGUCGUCAACCGCUUUAUCGAGCGCAUCUAAACCAGUCAACGACAACCUUCUGUACCGCGGUUUGACACUUCUGGCGAUCAAAAUUCUCAAACAUAUUCGACCUCGGAAAAGGAUCAAGGGAGACAUCAUUGGCAGUGGCUGGGUAAAACGAAGCGAAAAUUCAAAGGCAAAACUUCUUUCACAAUUAGCAAAAGAGAUCCGCAAGAUGCGAGACCUGCAGCCACCUGAAGGUAUGGGGGUAGCUUCUGUUGAUGGUGGAUCACUUUUCGACGGCCGUAUUCCGGGCCCUACCUUGCGCUUUGGUCCCUUUGAUAACACCCAGGAUUUCCAUCGGCAUUUACGCAUGGGGAUGGAAUUUGAUUCAAGGCUCGACCCUGAGGUCCAGGACCUCAUCAAGCAACACGGCAAGUCUUGGCCUCUGGUGUUCACCCAUGGUGAUCUUAGCAGUUUCAACAUUCUUGUUCGCGGAGAUGAAAUUGUUGGUAUUAUUGAUUGGGAAACUGCUGGUUGGUAUCCAUCCUACUGGGAAUACACUUCUGCCUACCAAGUCAACCCACAGAACUCUUUUUGGGUCCAUGAGAUUGACAAGUUCCUACAACCAAUGCCCGAAGAGCUCGCGAUGGAAAGGAUCCGUCAAAAAUAUUUUGGAGAUGUUUAA